GUUUCUGUUUUUGUCUGUUUGCUUUAUCCUCAAGUUUUCUGUGACUUAUCAUUUGGUCAUCGUAUCUUCUCAGCUUCCUCAUAGUCCCAGAGCACACUGUCAUUUAACUGGCUCACAGCCAGCAUUUCCUAUUCUCAUUCCUGCUCCCACCCCCAAAAUAACACAAGGGAAAACAAAGGACAGAUUUUUGUCUUCGGAUACAUAUGUAAACAAGCUGAGAUAGGCAUGGCCUUUCUAGCUUUCCCAGUUCAACGCAUGCACUUAAUUCAGGUGGACUCUGUUCAGCGCUGGAUGGAAGACUUGAAGUUUAUGACUGAAUGUGAAUGCAUGUGUGUUCUUCAGUCUAAACCGAUUAGCACAGAAGAAGAUGCUGAAAGUGAAUGUUCCCUUUCAUCACAACACACUGUUACUGAUAACUUACAGUUGUUGCUGAAAAGAGCUUGGAUUAUAAGUACUGAAUUGACCAGGAUUGUUCAAAAACUAGAGAAGAACAGAUGGCAGAGAGUCCAUAGCAUGACAGUAAGAGUCAACUGUCAUGUCCGUUCAAUGAUAAAUGAAUAUAAUACAUUCACAAGGAAUUCUUGGGAUGAAAUGCACCAGUAUGAAGAAAUGUUAGUGGAGAAAUGUUCGGAACUUACAACAGUUACUGAAAGGUGCAUACUGAUUGAAGAUGAACAGAUAUUAAAGACUAUGAAAAUUUGCAUUAAUGAUGCACUAACUACAGUUGCACAUUAUUUUGGCCAACUUAUAGAACUAGCUUUAACACAUGAAAUAAAGAACCUUGUAAAGGAAAUAGAUUCAUCGGAUAAUCUGUAUUCUGCUGAAUCUGCUACAAACAACUUGUUCAGUCUUACCCAGGAAGGUGCUCAUUUGUGUCGCAUCAUUGCUAAGGAGGGUGGCAUUGUCGCUCUUUUUGAGAUCUGCCGCCAGGAUUGUUUCAGGUGCCUUUAUCCCCAGGUGCUAAGGACAUUGGCAUCUAUAUGCUGUGUAGAAGAAGGAAUUCAACAGCUGGAAAAGGUUGAUGGAAUAUUAUGCUUGGCUCACAUCCUUACAGACAGUACCCACACUCAAGCUACUCAUGCAGAAGCAGCGGCUGUAAUAGCACAGAUUACAUCUCCUCAGCUCUCCAUCACUGAGCAUCUCAGCAGCUUUCUUGAAAAUAUGGAGGAAAUAGUCACAGCACUUCUCAAAUUGUGCCAAGAGGCUACUUCUGGAGAAGUUUUCCUUCUGGCUUCAGCUGCACUUGCCAACAUUACAUUUUUUGACACAAUGGCCUGUGAGAUGUUGCUUCAGUUAAAUGCAGUAAACAUUCUUCUAGCAGCCUGUUGUGACAAGCAAAAAGCAGAUACUCCUUAUUCCCGAGAUCAGGUUGUGACAAUAUUAGCCAACAUGUCUGUCUUGGACCAAUGUGCUUCAGAAAUACUUGAAGGAAAUGGUGUUCAGGUUUUAAUGGAAAUGCUGUUUGAGAAAUCAUCAUCUGGUAAUUCAUCAGAACUAGCUGCUUGUGAACGAGUUCAGCAAAAAGCUGCAGUUACACUUGCCCGUCUGAGUCGAGAUCCUGAAAUAGCACAUGCUGCCAUAAAGCUCAGCUGUAUACCACGCCUCAUAGAUCUCUGCAGGUCUCCUAUUGAAAGAAAUAAUAGUGAUUCUGUUCUGGUGGCAUGCCUGGCAGCCUUACGGCGACUAGCUGUGAUGAGUCCUGAUGGCCUUCAAGAAUCAGAUUUUCAGCAGCUGGUAAAGCCAAGGCUUGUGGAUUCCUUUCUGCUUUGUACCAAUAUGGAAGAAAGUUUUGUAUAAACAGACAAUGUAGACAAAUAGAGCAAUGUACCAAAUAAAGCAAUUGAUGCUAUACAGGAUUGUAUUGCUAACAAUAUUAUUUAUAAUUUAAUUUAUUAUAAUAUUAUUGUAUGACUAUACAUUAUAAGACCUUAAAGAUGGGCAAAGGAGAGGAGGGAGAGCUCCAUCCCUUCUAAUUCCCAGUCAACUAUGGGCUCAUGCUGGUGUUCUUUGGCUGUUGCAUAGAAUGGGAGACUAAUGUAUACCUUCUUAUUCAUCCAGCUGCUUCUUCCUUCUCAGAUAAGAAGAUAACCAGUGCUCUGAAUCCAGGACAGUUGGACAGAUAUUUGGGAGAUACAUAUAUCUUUGAUAUACUCUAUAUUCUUCUGAGGGGGAAAUGACACAUCACACUCCUUUAAGGAAGAGCUGACAGACAUGUUUUUUUCCUAAAGUAAAACAAACAAACAACAGUUUUAAGAUAUUUUGAUUUGCAGUGUAAUAACUAUUCAUGGUGGAAGGGCUAAUCACUUUUGCAGUAAUUCUUUUCAUUUCUAAAAAUUUCUGUUACGGCUUGCUGUGAAUGUUUUUUUCUAGCAUAUUUCUAUGUUCAGAUUUAAACAGAUUUUCUGAUUUAUAUUUGGGACUCUGUGUAUGUUUGUUAUAUAUAUUUUUACCACAGCUUUUUUAAAACAAAAAUGUUAGCUGAUUAAUCAACUACACUAAUUUUAACAAAUUACUUAGAAGAACACAACAUAGAUUAACACAAUUCUGCACUUAUUAGUAAACAGUAAAUUCUCAUUUGAUUUCACUGAAAGUGGAUUGUAAUUCACGACGAUGAAAUUCUAAGGUGCUGCCACACAUAUCACACUUGACAUGCAGCUGUGCCAAAAUGUGAUCUACCACCAAAGCAACUGCUCCUGAUAAAGACAUAACAUUUAGAACUGUUUACAGUGAUGAUCACUAACAUUGUGACAUCAUUUCCUAUACCCAUGUAUGGCUGUGAAAAAUGUGUAUAGGGAGUGUGAAUGUGUAAUGAUUCUAAAUGUUAUUUCAACAUCGUGGCACACCCAUAGCAAGUGUAACAUCAUAGGGCUGUAAGAAACUAAAAAUUAUUCAAAUCCAGUAAACUUUAUGUACAAACCUGUGGAUUGUUCUACAGGAGCUUGAUAUAUCUGUGCAAUCUGAGCCAUUCCUCUUAAUUUUCUGUUGAAAAGCACAGACUGGGGAUAUUGUAUUUUGUUUUUCAUUCAAAAAAUACAGGUUUUUUUUUUCUGCCGUGCUUUAUUGACCAUGUUUCAGUCCUCAGAUAAAUGGGGCUCUGAUAAAUCUCCUGUUGCUUAAAAAAAAAAAUUUCCCCUCACCAACCACCACUCCAGAGACUUAUGAAGUGUCUCAGUUUUUUUCUGUCAUACACUUAAGAUGGUUGGGAAAUCUGCCAAAAAGCAACUCUUCUUUUUAUAAAGUCAUAAAUAUAUGGCAUAAAAGAGACUUACUGAAAUAAAAACUCAAAAUGGUUUUAUUUGUCUCUCUUGAGGGAAUGGAAAAGUCAGGUUAGUAAAGAGAUUUCAGAAAAUAAACUGAACAGGUUAAACAAAGCAACAGUAUUGAGGUACUUAGGGUAUUUAUAAACUUAGCUAUUUUGUAAGUUAUUUUGUAACAUAAGUUUCUUGAACAAAUAGUCUUUAAGAUGUCUUUAAGAUUAAUUACAAACACACAAUUUCCCCAAUUUUUCUUCCUUAAAACUGGUUAGGGAUCACUCUUUCACUUAGGAGCUAUUUUCCUUAGAAUUGGAUAGAACUAAGGAGCUAUUUCCCUUAGUGAAGGACAAUCAGAUCACUCACUUCAUCUUUUUUUUCUAAGCAAUUGUAUUCCUCUCACUGCAACUGCCAGGCUCCACUGUCAGUUAUCAGUUGUCAGUUUCUUUAACACUCUGUCUCAACUGCUGCUUGUAGAAUCCUCACAGUUAUUGUUUUUCCUUUUUGAACCUCCUGUCAAUCAAGGUUCUAUGAUGGAACAGCUCAUCAUUAUGCAGCUGUCCAUACAGGGGUUUAGGCAUACAUAAUGAGAGCAGGGAAGCAAUCAAUGGAUUUUGAAAGGUUUGUGGCACAGUGCCAGGCACCAAGUUAAGCUUUUGUUUUCAGAGUUUCCAGCACCAUUCAUGUAACAGUGAUUUCGUGUUAAAUUAGUGGAGAUGUUUAAAUACAUGAUCACACAUUACACAUCUCUGUCAUGGGCAGCAAGAAUGUUGAAACAUUUGCCUUUGUAUAUGAUGUAGGAGAUAUGUCUUUUCAUAUCAUUUCUUUGUAUCUUAAAUGUUUCUAUUUGUUUUUGCUUCUAACAAUAUUAAAGAUAAAUUUGCA